UAGUGUUGGAUGCUAUAAAUGGAAAAAAAACUUGAAGGUAUAGUAAAUGUGCACCUUUCUUUUAAUGUUACAAGGACAGUUUGUGAACUUCACUAUCCAGCUGUCAGUCAUCUUCUAUCUCAUUGUCUUAGGUUACUUUGUGUGCUGCUGCAGAUGGAGGCGGCAGGGGGAUGCGUGACUGAAUCAGGGGGCGGAGGUGAGCUCAGCCCUGCUACCCCUGAACCUGCACAGCAAGAAACAGACCAAGAGCCAAGAGAGGCCUUAGCUGUCUCCAAGCCUGACACUGAGCUCAGUCCGCCUCUCAUCACUAUCAACAAAGAUGGUGAAGGAAAGGGCCACAGGCGUAGAGGUGCCUUUAAGAAGAACACUGAGCCAAGAUCAGCUAUAACAGUGUCAUCUUCAACUGCUGCUGUUUCGCCAAAUGGGAAGAAAAAUGUAGUGCUAUCCAGUGAAGCUAAGAAAGAAUUGGCCAAGCAGGCCAAAGUCACCAAGGAGGAGAGAAGAGCUCAGUUAGACGACAGACACAAGUAUUUGAUAUUAAGAUUAGCAGAUGGGAUAGGCUUAAAUGAACAGGAAGUAGAGGACUUCGUUAUUUCUGAUGAAAAGUUUCAGCUUGUAGGAGAAUUCUUUGCAGAGAACAGACUUAAAAAGUUACUUUUCUUUUACCAAGAUGCAUGGCAGCAAAAGUCAAAUGUUCCUUUGAGGACAGAUGGGUCUUCCCCAAGUUCACUUUUGCAGAAGAAGUUAUUUAUUACCAUGGGUUCUACCGAGGGCUUAACAGGAACUUGUGCAUUUUUUCUAAGGACUACAGAUAAAGCAAUAACUACAGCAAAUAUCUCUCAGGAGGUGAAUUUUGGAAUGUUUGAUUGUACUAAUGGAAAUAUCCUUCAGGGCCUGGAAAUUUUCUUGGCCCAAGUCAUGGUACCAGCACUUAAAUCUCAGCAGCACUGGGGAGCUGUGAAAGAAGGCUUGAAGAACAGCCAGAUACAAGACUUUCUGUAUUCUGUGGAUAAAUUUGUGGGUACCUUGUCAUCAGCAAGACAGAAUUUAGAAGAUAAAAUUCAGCUGCAGAAGGUGGAUAUUGAGAGUUACCUCAACAACUUGCAUAACCCUUCUGACUACAUAACAGCAGGCAGUAACAUUGAGGUCAUUGAGAAACUUGAGGGAGUGCUAAUAAUUUGGAUCAAACAGAUUGGACAAAUAUUGGUGGAAAGUGAACAAAUGAGAAAAGAAGCUGAUGACAUUGGCCCAGCUGCUGAACUGGAACACUGGAAAUCGAGGAUGGCAUCAUUUAACAGCCUUUUAGAUGAGAUCAAGAGUCCAAGAGUAAAUAAAGUUCUAAGUAUUCUUCAGGCAGCAAAAUCAAGACUAUUAAAGCAGUGGAAAGAACUGGAUGGUAAUGUAACAAAUGCUGCCAAUGAAGCUAAAGACAAUGUAAAAUAUUUAUAUACACUGGAUAAGUUCUUUGGUCCACUUGGUAAAGCCUCACCUGCAGCAAUAGUGGAGCACAUUCCCAGCUUAAUGAACAGUAUUCGUAUGAUUUACAGUACAUCACCAUACUAUAAUACAUCAGAACAGAUGACUUCUCUUCUUCUCAAAAUCACUAACCAGAUGAUUAAUACAUGCAAGAUAUAUCUAAGUGAAGGUGUUUUGAAAAUCUGGGACUUGGACAGGCAAGAAUUAUUAAAGAGGGUACAAGAAUGCAUUUAUCUCAAUGAACAAUAUCAAACAUAUUUUCAGAGAGUAAGGGAGAAGCUAAAGGAAAAUCCAAGUGAUCGGCAGUUCGAUUUCAGUGAAAACUAUAUAUUUGGAAAAUUUGAUGCAUUCUGUAAGCGCUUGGAAAAGAUUUCAGAUAUAAGCAAUAUCAUGGAAGGCCUUUUAGAGCUACAGAAUAUAAAAAUAGAAGGUAUUGAAAAGAUCAAUGCUCGUUACCAGAUGAUUGCUACGAACACCAAAUCAAAAACCUAUGAUGUUCUGGAUCACAGGAAACAAGAGUUUGAGGAAGAUUACCUUGAAUUUAAGAAUCAAAUUGAAGGUCUGCACCAGUCAAUGCAAGAAUUAGUGGAUUCUUGGUUUGAGAAAUCUUUAACUACUGAACAGAUGUUGGGACUUCUGAUGAAGUUUGAACACAUUGGUAAAGACCAUAUUGAUCUUACUGAAAAAUAUAUAAUCGUCCUUCAGCGAUACAGCCGAGAAUUAGAUCUGGUUCGAAAACUCUACCAGAAGCAAAAAGAAAAUCCGCCUAUGCCUCGUAAUGUACCUCCUGUAACUGGGAAGAUUAUGUGGGCUCGGCAGUUGUUCAGAAAAAUAGACCAUCCAAUGAAAUUUUUUAAAAAGAAGACUGCACUUUUGAAGACUCCGGAAAUGAAGAAGGUAAUUUGGAGCUACAACAAAAUGGCUGCUGUUCUUUUAGAAUUCGAACUUCUUUAUCACAGAGCCUGGUGCAGGUUUGCUGAGCAAGCUAAGAAUGGACUGCGUGCUUCAUUGCUUGUCAGACAUCCAGAAACCAAGGAAUUAUUUGUGAAUUUGGAUCCCAUGGUCCUCGAAGUACUGUGUGAAACAAAAUACCUGAAAAAAAUGAAUUUUGAAGUUCCAGAUGUUGCCCUUGGUAUGUGUGCAGAAGAAGAACAGAUUAAAGAACAGCAAAUGAAACUUCAGGAUCUUUUGACUGAUUACAAGAAGUUUGUAAAUCGAAUUCCUGCUAUUCUGGAACCACUGAUGAAACCAUUUAUGGAGCAAAUUGAGGAAUCCCUCACUCCAGGCCUGACACAGUUAUCAUGGACUUCUCCAAACAUUGACACAUUCCUCAAGAAAGUUUAUAAUUCCCUAGAAGAAGUGGGGUAUAUAGUCAAAGAAGCUUCUGACACUCUGGAAUGCAGAAUUGAAAGAAUUCUGCAGGAUAUGUCAGACACUCCUCUUGUAACUCUACCCGAAGAUGAUCCCAUUGAAGUACUGGCUUUCCUGGAAAGGACAGAAAAACUUACUGCUACAGCUGCUGAAACUCUGUCUCAACAAAGCCAGCAAGUGGAACGUUCCAUGUAUGAAUUGAUAGACAUUCUGAAGCACAGAUUGAAACCGGAAGACAAAACCAAUCUGCAGGAUUCAUUUGCCUGUGGACAUCUUGAUAUGAAACAGAAAACACGCUGCCAGGAAUGUCUGUCCUGUAGUUACUAUAACCUGAUGGGGCAGCUUUGUCAGAAAAAUACGGACUCUCUAGUCAAAUGCACCAGGAUUUCUUUAGAUGCUUUAAGGCGUCGCUUACAUGUUCUCAACUCUAAAUAUCAGAUGACCAAGUUCAUAAAAGAUCAAAGAGUUCCGUUAUUCAAAGCUGAAAUUCAAUUGGCCAUUCCAAAUGUUGUCUUGAGGCCAAGUCUUGAUGAUAUUCAGAAUGCGGUAAACAAAGCAGUAAAUAUCAUAUUAUCGAUGGCCAGAGAUAUCCCACUGUGGAAGUUUGCUCAUUUACAUCAUAGACAGCAGCAGAUGGAACAGACUGCUGCCAUCGAGCUGGGUGAUGAGAGCAAACUCACCAAGAUGGCAGCAUUGAGACCUUUGGACAAACAGAUCAGUGAACACAAGGAUGUGAACAAAGCUAUGAUCCAGCUUACCACAAUAAUUUUAUCUCUUAAAACUGAGGCACUGGAUAUUUUGAAGAGCUUUGCUAAAUUCUCCAGCAUCUGGAAUCAGGAUCCAGAGGAAAAAGUAAAAGAAUUUCUAGAGACUAACCCAGUGAUGUCUGAAUUCCGAACACAGAUUAAUUACUUUUCUCUGUUAGAAAUCCAAAUUAGAGAACUGCCAAGUCAUUGCAUAUUGGAAUCAGUGGAUUUUGCAACUGAGUCUUUGAAAAUGGCCUUAAUUCAGGAAUGUCAUUUGAGGCAGAGAUCAUUUGGAUUAGCUUUAAAUAAAAAAGCUGCCAUGGACAUGGAUGCAAUUUACACAUUCAUUGACAACCUCAGCAAGCGAUUAAACAGGCCAAUCAAUGAUCUUGAUGAUGUGCGAGGAGCAAUGGAAGCAUUAAAGGAAAUACGAGAGGCUGAGAUUAAAAUUGACAUGACAAUUGGACCUAUAGAGGAAUCUUAUGCUCUGCUACAUAAGUAUGAUCUACUGUUUAAAGAUGGAAAUGCAGAAAGAGUUGAUGGGUUGGCAUAUGCUUGGAAGAACCUAAACACACAGGUAUUGAAGAUUCAGGACUUGCUGCUUGAAGUGCAACCAUCCAUGAAAACAGAUUUACUGAAUGGUGUUAAAAAGUUCCAGAUUGAUGCUGUGGAAUUUUACACAGACUAUAAUGAAAAAGGCCCUGGUGCGGAAGACAUUCCUCCCUGGGAAGCAAGUGAUAGAUUACAAAUCUUCCAAGCCAAGUUUGAUGAACUGUGGAGGAAGUAUAUCACUUUUUCUGGUGGGGAAGAAUUAUUUGGUCUUUCUGUCACAGAAUAUCCAGAGCUACAAAAAAUAAAACGGGAGCUUACACUGCUUCAGAAACUUUAUGGUCUUUACAAUUCGGUUAAUGCUAAUAUCAGUGGAUACUAUGAAAUAUUUUGGAGUGACUUGGACAUUGAAAAAAUUAACAGUGAACUUCUGGAUUUUCAAAACAGAAUUCGUAAAUUGCCUAAGGCUCUGAAGGAAUGGCAAGCUUUUCACGACCUAAAAAAGAAGAUUGAUGAUUUUGCUGAGAGUUGUCCUUUGCUUGAAAUGAUGGCAAACAAAGCAAUGAUGCCAAGACACUGGGAAAGAAUUGCACAAGUAACUGGCCAUAAAUUUGAUGUUGUCUCUGAAAGUUUCUCUCUGAAGAACAUAAUGGAUGCCUCAUUGUUAAAAUACAAGGAAGAUAUUGAGGAUAUCUGCAUCAGUGCUGUUAAAGAAAAGGAUAUUGAAGCAAAAUUGAAACAUGUCAUCAAUGAGUGGAGUACUCAUGUCUUUACAUUUGGCCAGUUCAAAACCAGAGGAGAAUUGCUUCUGAAAGGCUCAGAUACUUCCGAGAAGAUAGCUCUGAUGGAGGAUAGUCUCAUGAUUUUGGGAUCCCUCAUGAGCAACAGGUACAAUGCACCAUUCAAGCCCACGAUCCAACAGUGGGUCCAGAAAUUGGCCAAUACCACAGAAAUAAUUGAAAAUUGGAUUACUGUACAAAACCUCUGGAUUUAUCUUGAAGCUGUUUUUGUUGGUGGAGACAUUGCAAAACAGCUGCCUCAGGAAGCCAAAAGGUUUCAGAACAUUGAUAAAUCUUGGCAGAAGAUUAUGCAGAGAGCUCAUGAGACAUCAAACAUAGUACAGUGCUGUGUUGGAGAUGAGACGUUGGCACAGCUACUACCACAUUUGCUGGAACAACUGGAAAUAUGUCAGAAAUCAUUAACUGGGUAUUUGGAAAAGAAACGAUUAGUAUUUCCCAGAUUUUUCUUUGUAUCUGAUCCUGCACUUCUGGAAAUCCUUGGCCAGGCAUCAGAUUCACACACUAUUCAGGCACAUUUACUGAGUCUGUUUGACAAUGUUAACCGAGUGGGAUUUCACGAAAAAAACUAUGACCAGAUUUUAUUAUUUGAAUCUCAAGAAGGCGAACAAGUCAAUAUUAUUGAGCCUGUUCUAGCUCAGGGUAAUGUGGAAUUCUGGCUAGGACAGCUGCUGAAUGGGAUUAAGAAAACAAUCCAUUCCAUCAUUAGACAGGCAUCUAUAGCCAUUAGUGAUUCAGGAUUUAAGCUGUAUGACUUUCAGACAAUGUUUCCUGCACAAAUAGGUCUUCUGGGAAUUCAAAUGAUUUGGACCAGAGAUGCAGAGGAUGCGCUAAACAAUGCCAAAACAGACAAAAAGGUCAUGCACACAACAAAUCUGAAGUUUCUGGACCUUUUAAAUGAUUUGAUUGACAUGACAACACGUAAUCUGACAAGGAUGGAGCGCACAAAAUAUGAGACUUUAAUCACUAUUCAUGUACAUCAGAAGGAUAUCUUUGAUGAUUUGGUCCGUAUGAAUAUUAAAUCUCCCUCUGACUUUGAAUGGCAAAAACAAUCCAGAUUUUACUUUAUUGAAGAUGUGGACAAAUGCAUCAUUCAAAUCACUGAUGUGGAGUUCAACUACUGCAAUGAAUAUUUAGGCUGUACAGACAGACUCGUUAUAACUCCUUUAACUGACAGAUGUUACAUCACAUUGGCUCAGGCUUUGGGAAUGAGUAUGGGUGGUGCUCCAGCAGGACCUGCAGGUACUGGGAAAACAGAGACAACUAAAGACAUGGGCAAAUGUCUGGGAAAAUACGUCGUUGUCUUUAAUUGUUCAGACCAAAUGGACUACAGAGGCCUAGGUCGUAUUUAUAAAGGUUUAGCCCAGUCGGGUGCAUGGGGUUGCUUUGAUGAAUUUAAUCGCAUUGAACUUCCUGUUCUAUCAGUAGCUGCUCAGCAGAUCUAUAUUGUUCUUCAGUGUAAGAAAAGUAAGAAGCUCCAGUUCAUCUUUACUGAUGGUGAUGUUGUUGACAUGGACAGAGAAUUUGGCAUAUUUCUGACUAUGAAUCCUGGCUAUGCAGGGCGACAGGAACUUCCAGAAAAUCUAAAGAUUCAGUUCCGUACAGUAGCUAUGAUGGUGCCUGACCGUGGUAUCAUUAUGAGAGUCAAGCUGGCAAGUGCAGGUUUCCGAGACAAUCAAAUCCUUAGUCGAAAAUUUUACACACUCUACAAACUUUGCGAAGAACAGUUAUCUAAACAGGUUCACUAUGACUUCGGAUUAAGAAAUAUUUUAUCUGUCUUAAGAACUCUUGGAGCAGUAAAAAGAUCCAACCCCAAUGAGCCAGAGAAAACAGUAGUGAUGAGAGUUCUACGGGACAUGAACCUCUCCAAGCUGGUAGAUGAAGAUGAACCUUUAUUUAUGAGUCUGAUUAACGACCUGUUCCCUGGAAUUACUCUUGAUAAGGUUGGGUAUCCUGAACUAGAGUCGGCCAUUCGGAAAGAGACGGAGAAAGCUGGGCUUAUUCAUCAUCCUCCGUGGAUUCUUAAGCUAAUUCAACUGUAUGAAACUCAGCGAGUCCGACAUGGUAUGAUGACUCUGGGUCCGACUGGUGCAGGAAAGACAAAAUGCAUUAAUAUCUUGAUGAAAGCAAUGACAGACUGUGGCACUCCUCAUAAAGAGAUGAGGAUGAACCCAAAGGCAAUUACAGCUUCCCAGAUGUUUGGUACUCUCGAUGUUGCUACAAAUGAUUGGACAGAUGGCAUUUUCUCUACUUUAUGGAGAAAAACUUUAAAAGCAAAGAAGGGAGAACACAUAUGGAUAGUUUUGGAUGGUCCUGUGGAUGCGAUAUGGAUUGAAAAUCUGAACUCUGUUCUAGAUGAUAACAAGACCCUUACUUUGGCUAAUGGAGAUCGUAUUCCAAUGUCCCCAAACUGCAAGAUUGUUUUUGAGCCCCAUAACAUUGACAAUGCUUCCCCAGCAACAGUAUCUCGUAAUGGGAUGGUCUUCAUGAGUUCCUCAGUGUUAGAUUGGAGGCCCAUUUUAAAGGCUUGGCUGCAAACUUUGCCUGCUACUCAUUCUGAUGUCCUAUGGAACAGCUUUAACAGUGUAUUUCAGAUGUUACCAACUCCAGCUAAAUUUCAUUACAUCUUUAAUUUACGAGAUCUCAGUCGUAUUUGGCAAGGAAUUCUUACAGUUUCUGCUGAAGUCUGCCAGAACACCAGUGUUUUGGCUGCUCUCUUCCAGCAUGAAUGCAGUCGUGUUAUUGCAGAUAGGUUCAUCAACCAAAAUGACAAAGGCUGGUUUGAAGAUAUGAUGAGAAAGAUUGCGUCUGAGGAUCAUUGUCAAGACUUACUAGGAAAUGACCACAAAGAAUUAUACUUUGUGGAUUUUUUGCGUGAUGCCCCAGAGGCCACUGGGGAUGAACCUGACGAGGUAGAGCUAGAAGCUCCUAAAAUUUAUGAGUCUAUUCCUUCCUUUGAUAACUUGGCUGAAAGAUUACAGAUGUUCAUGCAGCAGUACAAUGAAACCAUCAGAGGAACACAUAUGGACUUAGUAUUUUUCAAGGAUGCAAUGAUCCAUUUGGUUAAAAUAUCCCGAAUUAUCCGUACUCCGCAGGGAAACGCCUUGUUGGUUGGAGUGGGUGGAUCUGGAAAACAGAGCUUGACCAGAUUAGCAUCAUAUAUUGCUGGAUAUCAGAGUUUUCAGAUUACUCUAACAAGAACAUAUGGCAUUAAUAACCUUAUGGAUGAUCUGAAAACUCUGUACCGCACUGCUGGACAGAAAGGACAGGGUAUUACCUUUAUAUUCACAGACAAUGAAAUCAGAGAUGAGUCUUUUCUUGAGUACAUGAACAAUGUUUUGGCUUCAGGUGAGGUUUCCAAUCUUUUUGCACGUGAUGAAAUAGAUGAAAUAACACAAGACCUGAUAUCUGUGAUGAAGAAAGAGUACCCAAGACGUUCUCCCAGUAGUGAAAAUCUCUAUGACUAUUUUCUUACCCGAGUUCGCAACAAUUUGCACGUGGUUCUUUGUUUUUCUCCUGUUGGGGAAAAAUUCAGAACUCGUGCACUAAAGUUUCCAGGUUUAAUUUCAGGAUGUACUAUGGACUGGUUCCAGCGCUGGCCUAAAGAUGCUCUAGUAGCUGUUGCACAGCAUUUUUUAGCUUCCUACAAAAUUGAAUGCACAGAUGAAGUAAAACAAAGUGUUGUUAACACUAUGGGAACAUUUCAAGAUCUCGUAGCUGAAAAAUGCGUCGAGUACUUUGAACGAUACAGGCGUCAAACAUUUGUGACUCCAAAGUCUUAUCUGUCAUUCAUCAGCGGCUACAAAACCAUUUACAGAGAGAAAUUUGCUGGUGUGGGAAAUUUGUCUGACCGCAUGAAAACAGGUCUUGCAAAACUCAUGGAAGCUGAGAUUUCAGUAAACCAGCUCUCCAAAGAACUGGCAGUGAAAGAGAGAGACUUGGCUGUUGCUUCUAAAAGAGCUGAUGGCGUUUUACUGGACGUGACUAUGAAAGCCCAAGCUGCUGAAAAGGUGAAAAUGCAGGUCCAAAAGGUGAAAGACAAAGCCCAUGCCAUUGUGGAUGAAAUUGCCAUUGAUAAAGCAGCAGCUGAGGAGAAGCUUGAAGCUGCAAGACCAGCCCUGGAGGAAGCAGAGGCAGCACUGCAGACUAUUAAACCAGUUGACAUUGCUACUGUUCGCAAACUGGGUAAGCCUCCUCACUUGAUAAUGCGGAUCAUGGAUUGUGUGCUACUUCUGUUCCAAAGAAAAAUUGAUUCUGUGACAGCUGACCCAGAACGAACAUGUGUGAAGCCAUCAUGGACUGAAGCUCUGAAGCUAAUGAAUAAUUCAGGAUUUCUCAGCAUGCUGCUUACGUUCCAGAAGGAUUCAAUUACAGGAGAGAUUGCUGAACUGCUACAGCCUUAUUUAGACAUGGAAGAUUAUAAUCUGGAGACUGCUAAAAAAGUUUGUGGGAAUGUAGCAGGUCUAUGUUCAUGGACACAAGCAAUGGCAUACUUCUACAGUAUUAAUAAAGAAGUCCUUCCCCUUAAGGCAAAUCUAGCGCUGCAGGAAGCAAGGCUAGCAGUUGCCCAAACAGAAUUAAAUAAUGCACAGAACCAGCUUGAUGAGAAACAGAGGGAAUUGGACCAAGUACAAGCCAUGUAUAAUGCUGCCAUGCAAGAGAAACAGACUUUACUGGAUGAUGCUGAGGCAUGCAGACGGAAGAUGAAUAAUGCCACAGACCUAAUUGAAGGAUUAGGUGGAGAAAAGAUUCGUUGGACAGAAAGCAGCAAAAAUUUUCAAAAUCAAAUUAUUCGAUUAGUGGGAAAUGUUCUUCUAGCCACUGGAUUUCUCUCUUACUCUGGCCCAUUCAAUCAGGAGUAUAGGAACUUGCUGCUCCGGCUGUGGAAGACAGAAAUGGACCGAAAUAGGAUUCCAUAUAGUGACGAUCUUAACCUCAUCAGUAUGCUUGUUGACAAUGCUACAAUUGGAGAAUGGAGCCUCCAGGGUCUUCCAAAUGAUGACCUUUCAAUUCAGAAUGGCAUCAUUGUCACAAAGGCAUCUCGAUAUCCUUUGCUGAUUGACCCACAAGGUCAAGGAAAGAGCUGGAUUAAGAAUAAGGAAAAAAAUAAUGAACUCCAGGUACAUUCUCUGUUUAAAGCAUUUUUCAUCUUUGUGUCAUGUGUAAAGGCUGGUUUAAAGCGGACAUACUCUGCUAUUACUCAGGAACAGCUGGAAGUGAGCAAUAUGCCACAGUGGAAACCAUUGUUAUAUGCUGUGGCAUUUCUACAUACAACUGUUCAGGAAAGACGAAAGUUUGGUCCGUUGGGCUGGAACAUCCCUUAUGAAUUUAACCAAGCAGACUUUGCAGCCAGUGUGCAGUUUAUUCAGAAUCAUUUGGAUGAUGUUGACAUUAAGCGUGGGGUGAACUGGAGCUGUGUUCGCUAUAUGCUUGGAGAAGUACAGUAUGGUGGCCGUGUAACAGACGACCUUGACAAAAUGUUGCUAAAUACAUUUGCCAGAGUGUGGUUUGGAGAGAGUAUGUUUACUGACAAAUUUUGCUUCUACAAAGGUUACAUUAUUCCAAAAGGCAAGACAGUUGAAGACUAUCUCCAGCACAUAGAGCAGCUGCCAAUUGUUGAUACACCUGAGGUAUUUGGACUUCACCCUAAUGCAGACAUAACUUAUCAGACUAAUAUGGCUAAUGAGACAUUAAGCACAAUAGUUAGCAUUCAGCCUAAAGACAGCGGCAGUGGAGGAGGGGAAACCAGAGAAGCAAUGGUACAGCGUCUUGCUGAUGAGAUGCUGGAGAAGUUGCCACCAGACUACAUCCCUCAUGAGGUGAAAGCCCAGCUUCAAAAGAUGGGAGCAAUUCAACCCUUAAAUAUAUUUCUACGUCAGGAAAUUGACCGUAUGCAGCGUGUUAUAUCAAGAGUUCGAACUACACUGACUGAUCUCAAACUGGCCAUAGAUGGAACCAUUAUUAUGUCGGAAGACUUGCGAGAUGCUUUGGAUAACAUGUAUGAUGCUAGAAUUCCAAAGCUUUGGUUCAAGAUUUCCUGGGAAUCUGCUACUUUAGGGUUUUGGUUUACUGAGCUGCUUGAAAGAAACCAACAAUUUAGCAGCUGGCUGCUGGAUGGCCGACCAAAUCAAUUCUGGAUGACAGGAUUCUUUAAUCCACAGGGAUUCCUAACUGCCAUGCGGCAGGAAACGACACGCAUGAAUUUAGCAAAAGGCUGGGCGCUCGACAGUGUUAUUUUACACAAUGAUGUAACCAGGAUGAUGAAAGAAGAUAUUAGCAGCCCUCCUCCUGCUGACAUUGGUGGGGUUUACAUAUAUGGCCUUUUCCUGGACGGAGCAGGUUGGGACCGUAGGAACACCAAGCUAACGGAGUCUGCACCAAAGGUGCUGUUCACAAGUCUUCCUGUAGUCCAUGUGUACGCUAUCAGCACCACAGCACCACCAGAUCCAAAGAAACAGCCUGGGAGCUUGUACUCCUGUCCUGUGUACAAAAAACCUCGACGAACGGAUCUGACCUAUAUUUUCUCUUUAUAUUUGAAAACUGUGCAAAAUCCUGACCACUGGACUCUAAGGGGUGUUGCAUUACUCUGUGAUUCCAAAUAGCACUAUGGGAAUAAGAUCCAGUUGGAAUACUGGGCAAAGGGCGUUCAGGCUUUAGUUUUAUUACAAAGCAGUGGUAUAUUUCUAUUCAUAGAUAUAUGGGCAUUAGCAAAUCAUAUCUGUAGAGACAGCUGUAUCUGCAUGGUGAUUUGUAUGAUCUUUUCACAGCAGGAAUCAUUAAACAUGUUUAACUUGGGAACUUCAACCAGGGAACAUUCAAAUCUGUGACAUGGAAAACAAUUAUAGGUAUAAAGUCUAGUUGCACUGAAUCUAUCCCCAUUUGCUGCAUAAAUUAGCUCAUUCUACUAAAUACUCUAUUCCACAUUCAAAAUAUAUCCCCAUUAAAAAUGCCUCUUGCUUGAAACUACUGUUCUAACUAGAUUUUACAGUGAUUCUUUAUUGAUCUUAUCUCCUCUUUAUAAUACUGUUAUGCUGAUAGGUAUUGGUAAUUGCAAAGAACACAAGCCUCUGGAAUUGGGUACAAAUACACCCUUCAAUUAACGUAAGUGUCAGGACAAGUUAAUCACAAGCCCCCCUCCCCACCUAAGACAAAAGGGGAUGUGAAGCCGCCCAGGAGUUAAAGACCAUGUGGGCAAAGGGAUUUUCAGUGUGCGUGCACGCAGAACAAGCAAGCCUCAGAGGUCGGAAGAAAGCCAAGCAGUUGCUUGUAAGCACAGAGUGAGCCGGGAGAAACCUAGAGAAAGAUUCUGGGUUUGGUGCUGGCUAAAGAGGCUGUAAUCAAAGACAUGAUCCUGUUUUUUUUUAAUUCCUCCUGCAUGCCUUGUAAAUAAACAAGCCUGCAUCAAAGAAAAUAUCAGCUCCCUCAUUAAUUUCUGCGCCCAAGUAGAACAGCCCCAGGGCUGAACUUUGACUGGCCUCUGGAGCCAAAAAGGAGCAAGGGUACAGAUUUGUAAUUAUGCAGCCAUGUUUCAGUUCCAAGUGCAUCAGCUGCAGCAUUACUGAAGAAAGAUGGUGCUAUAUCCAAAUGGUUCUCUGGCUAUAAGCACUGCUUUAAAUGACUCAGAUUGCUUAGACGGAAGUGUAAACUGCCUCCAGGGAUAGACACUUGGCUAAGUUGGCAGCUAAUGUUUUGGAGGAACAGGAUGUCAGACAAAUGUGAAAAGAUUUGGUGUAACUUUUAGAAACCUUUGAUUAAUUCUUAGUGACUGGAAACUGAGGUGCAAGGUGUCACUCUCCUUUCCCUUCUCUGCCCCACCCACUUCCUUUCUUUUUCUUUGUGGUUUUUUUACUAUUCUCCCCUUAUUUUUAUAAUACUAAAAUAAAAGAAAAAGUUGAUGAUGUACCACAAGUUUAAAUGUCUGCACACAAAAAGGCCUGUCUAAUUGGCAUGCUGUUACUUUUGAUUUCAUUUGUAAAGUGGGUAAUUGUGCCUGACAGUUAUCCCCUUUGUGCAUGCAGGCAUAGCGCUCACACAGAAAUGCAAGCUUACCUCACUUGAGGACUUUUCACUUAGGAACAUCUUAGUUUUGUAGCCUCUUCGUUGCUGCUGGUUCCUUGGCCUUAUUUCCCACGCCUGUAUUUUGCAUCACUAUUUGUGAUGAAACUGAAAGAAACAGCAGCUGGCAUGGUAGAAGCUCUAUCCAGAAAUGGCUGCAGAGUUUAUUAUUUUUAUUAGCAGUUUAUGCAGCUUCCAAUGUAAAGCAAGGAUGGGUGUGGACAGGCUUGGUUUGAAAACAGAAACAAGGCUACUACUGGCAGAAAAGCUGUAUGGCUUUUUUUGCCAGGCCAGGACACUUUCAAAGUAAUAGGCAUUACUGUUGGGGCCAGAGAAAGAACAGCCUACAGGGAAUGCUCUGCCAAUCUCUCGCUCUGUUUUUUGCUUUUCGUGCAGAUACCUUUGAUUUUUCUGUCCAUUUAAAUGGUGAUCCAGCCAACUGGUCCACAAACAGGGUUCAACUUUUCACACAGUUUUAUUUUAUGUUUAGUAGUUGCAGGACUCUUACUGUUAGGAGGAGUAAAAUUCACUUCCACGACUAGCACAGAGUGUCACACUUGUUCCUGGAAAACAGAGAACAAGCUGUACCUUAAGGGUCACAUUCUACCCUUGGUCUGUGCACAGAACUCUCUGCAUGCAAUUCCCGGGAGACGAUAGACCUAAAUGAGCCCACACUGUCAAAAGGCUCACCGCUCCUCCCACUUGGAGUGCAGCUGCUUGCAUCCAUUGACUUCAGUGAGAGUUCGGGUUGUGAAAGGGAUAUAGGAUCGGGCUUCAAGAACAUUGCUGAGACACUUUGGGGAACGAUGGAAAAGAUCAGAGAGGACGUUAACCAGGACAAGGCUGCUCCACUCUGUGGAACUAGAGGCUCCAAUCAAUUACUGUUUUCUGUACAUGGGGAGGAAAUUAACUUUGAUGCCCUAAUAAGCUGCAGCAGCCAACAAAAUAAUAUUGAGAAUACACUGUUAGAAUGAAGAGGGCACUUUGAAAUGCUCUGCACAACUCCAGAGCUCACUUCUUGCUAUAAAAGCAAAUCUAAUAAAUGUGAUCAUUUGACAGAAUUUCCAUGUAAUGGGCCAAAUAAAGCUUUUCAUCCUAAUUCUAUCACCCCUUUGCUUUAUCAAGUUACAGUAAAACUAGAAAAUGAAAUAGCUUUUUUUUAAAAUAGAGACCCAUUCGUUAGCACAUAGUAUCCUGCAAACUACUGCGAGUUUAACAAUUUGUACAUUGCAGUAAAACAGCUUUAUUUGAUAGCUUUAAAUAUGUAUUUAAGAAACAGACUGAGUCUCUAUUAGGGCU